AAAUAUUCUCAUGACGAAUAAACUUAUUUUCAUUCUCCGUGGACUUUAUACCUCGUUAGAUUUGGCAAUAACAAUUAAUGGACAGAGUAAAUUGUACAUGUGCCUCUGAUUAGUGGGUUUCUGUUUAGUUUUUGUCGAAAUCUCCAGCAAGAUACUGUAUAUACUUGCCUUUCGUUUUGGUGAGUUUUUUUUCUCCUCUUGGCAGAUUUGUUGGAACAAACAGCAAUUUGGGACUAUUAAAGUGGUCGUUUUGUCUGGCGAAGACCACUGGAGUACCGUCAGUUUUAUCUAACGAGUCGUUGAAGGUGGUUCGUAAUAUCGUGAAAAUAUGGCAAAAGUGAUAGUGAAAGACUCAAGAUUCCUUUCUGGAAUCACAGAGAUCCCAUCAUUCAAGAUUGGCGAUUUAGAGUUCGUCUUUGAGGCGGACUUGAGUGAAAAAGGUCGCAGAGUGGCUGAGAAGGAGCUCCGAGAAACUCCUGAGCGUGUGAAGGAAUCACUUGAGGAGCUGAAACGUCUUCUAUCGCAAGAAGAAGAUCUCACAUGGCCAAACAAUGACUUCUUCCUCAUAAAGUAUCUCAGAAAGUGCAAAUUUUAUCCAGAAAGUGCUUUUCAAUUGCUUAAAAAGUACUUUGAAAUCAAGGUCAAGAAUCCAGAGUACUUUUAUGACGUCGAUAUAAAUUACUACAUACAGAUAGCAAAUUUGCGGAUCGUAGAUAUGAUGCCACGUCGUGAUCACAAAGGUAGACGGAUCUUUGUUGUGCGUAACUUGGGAAAGUUUGAUCCAAACUUGUACACAAUGGAGCAGCUCUUCAAGGGAGUGGCUAUGAUGAUGGAAGCCGUCAGCCUGGAACCAGAUACUCAAGUUAAUGGGGUCGUAAUAGUGUUGGAUCUCAAAGAAUUGGCAUUGUACCACCUGAAGCCACUAACCCCAUCAUUCAUUCGGUUCGGCAUGAAAUGGUGUCAAGACUGCAUCCCACUCCGUCUCAAAGGGCUUCAUGUGAUCAACGAAACUUCAAUGAUCGACGCUACGUACGCCAUAAUCAAGAACUUCCUCAGCGAGAAGCUACGCAACAGAAUCUACUUCCAUGGCAAAGAUUAUGAGAUGAUACACGAAUACAUAGCUCCCAAUUGUCUUCCGACGGAAUACGGUGGCACCAUUUCAUUGGGCGACUGUCCUAAAGUUGAAGAAUUAAUGGAGAUGUACGGAGAUUUCAUUGAGCGAUGCAAAAAGGAAAUGGAUGUUAUAAAUUCCUAUGGCUACAAGAAGGAUCUCACGGAGAAUACUCAGCUCUGAUGCAUUCAUAUGGCAGGUUCAACCAAUAUUUCUGGGUAGUUUUUUUUUUGUUACAGGGAAAUACAGUAUUAUACUCCCAAAAGUUUUGCAUGGGUGAAUAUUUUCGCAAAUAAAUAAAUUCUCGUAAAA